AGGUUUCAUAAAAAAAUUUUCAAUUAUUCUUCACAGAGGAAUGGAAGACAGAGAGACGAAUGCUGACGUUGCCCAGCCAAUGGAUUGCAAUGAGAAGGAAAAGAACAAGAAGAUGGCGGCGAAGCAAGCCAUAGAGAGAGGUUCUGUGAAAACAUCAGCAGCAAAUUCUGCAACUGAAAACAAUGGUGCUGAUGUUACUGCUGUCAAUGGUGUCAGGAUUGCUCUGUUCGAUUUUUCGGUUGAAAAUUUCUUCCGAGGCAUGGACACCAUUAUCAGACUCUGUGGGCAAGAAGACGACGUUGCUGCUACUGACCAGAUGGAGAUUCAAAGAAUGUCUUCCUCAGUCACUUUCUUAAGAGAAUGGAGAGAUUUUAAAUAUCCAUCAAAAAACAUUAAAUUUGUGUAUGGACUCGAGAGUUCUGAUUGUUUUGAGGGAAAAGAUGUCAGUGCCAUAAAUUUGCCCCCGUUUUCUUCUGCCUCUGUUCCUGAGCAAGAUAUGAAAAAGGAGCAACCUGGGGAGGUCAUAUCUCAAGAAUGCAGAGAUUUUGUGAUGAAUGUUGGAGGCUCUGUAUGGGCAUUGGAUUGGUGUCCUCAAAUGCAUGAAAAACCUGAUUCUUCAAUAAAAUGUGAGUUUAUUGCUGUUGCCGCUCAUCCACCGGGCUCUUCUUAUCACAAAAUGGGUGCCCCACUUACUGGGAGAGGUGUGAUACAAAUAUGGUGUCUUCUAAAUAUCUCUGAACACAAUGACAAGUCAACAAAUAAAAAGAGGCCUAAAGGAAGACCUAGGAAAAAUCCAACAGUGGUGGAUGAGAUGAGUUGUGAUAAAACAGAUGGAGACGCAACUGACAAAUCAACCCAAAUAAAGAUGCCUGAAGGAAGACCUGGAAAAUAUCCAAUGGUUGUAGGAGUGGAUGAUAUGAAUUGUGAUAAAAAAGAUGGAGCUGCAAAUAAUAAAUCAACAAUAGUGAAGAGGCCUAGAGGCAGACCUAGAAAGAAUCCUACAGUGACAGCAGUGGAUGAUGCAAAUUGUGAGCUCCAGGAUAUGUUAGCUCUUGCUAUUCAAUCUCCAGAAAAUUCUACUGAAUUUCCUACUCCAGUUGAGAAUCAUGAAAAAAAUGAAGAAAUACUUCCUAAAAAUGAUGGAGGCACAAAUGACAAGUUGACAAAAAUAAAGAGGCCUAGAGGAAGACCUAGAAAAAAUUCCGUAGUAAUUGCAGUGGAUGAUAUGAACUGUGAGCUCCAGGAUAUGUCAGCUCUUGCUAUUCAAUCUCCAGAAAAUUCUACUGAGUUUCCUACUCCAGUUGAGAAUCAUGAAAAAAAUGAAGAAAUACUUCCUAGAAAUGAUGGAGGCACAAAUGACACAUUGACAAAAAUAAAGAGGCCUAGAGGAAGACCUAGAAAAAAUUCCAUAGUAAUUGCAGUAGAUGGUAUGAACUGUGAGUCCCAGAACAAGUCAGCUUGUGAUGUUGAAGUUGCACAAAAUUCUACAGGGUUUCGUGAUUUAGAUGGGAAUCUUGAAAGCAAUAAAAAAUUUAUUACAUACAAAAGAAAAAAUGGAGCUAAAGAAAAUGAAGAGUGUGAUGAAAAGUCAAUACUAAUAAAGAGGCUUAGAAGAAGACCAAAUUCAAAUUCAAAAGGAUUAACAACAGAUGAUCCAAAGUGUGGCAAUAAAUCUACUCCUCUUCAUAUUCAAAACGCAGAAGAUUCAGCUGAAGAUCUUUCUCCGGAUAUGUCUCUUGACAAUUGCAGUGAAAAAUCAGCACAGAGGCCAAAAGGACAUGCAUCAAAUUCAAUAGGAAUAAUGCCAAAUGAUCCAAAUGUUGAGAAUGAACCUAUGACUCUUGAUGUUCAAGUGCUAGAACAUUCAGCUGAGUUUCUUUCUCUAGAUGUGGCUCAUGACAAUUGCAACAAACAUGCUUUGAAACAAUGUUCUGUUACAAAACAAAGACAUACAAAGGAGGCUGUUUCUGCCUGCAAUACUUUUCCAGAAACUAUUGUUAAAAAUAGUGGAUUGACAAUUAAUCACAGAGAAGGAAGAUGUGACCAAGAUAUAAGUCAGCCACUACACUAUGAUAAUGAGGCAAAUUAUCAACUAUGUUCUACCUCUGAGUUGGAAGCUACACCAACUACUUGUUCUAUUCCACAAGAUGUAACAUUGCCUAGAGUAGUUUCAUGCCUAGCUCAUAAUGGAAAAGUGGCAUGGGAUGUGAAAUGGCGACCUACUAGCAUUUCUGAUUCUUGCAAACACCGAAUGGGCUAUCUUGCUGUCGUGUUGGGCAAUGGAUCCUUGGAAGUGUGGGAGGUUCCUCUUCCUCAUGUAUUGAGAGAAAUUUAUAUGCACAGAGAGGGGACUGAUCCACGAUUUAUAAAAUUGGAGCCUGUAUUUAAAUGCUCAAUGUUGAGGCGCCGUAAUUUACAAAGCAUUCCACUGACAGUGGAGUGGUCAGUUACAUCCCCGCAUGAGUAUUUACUUGCUGGCUGCCAUGAUGGAACGGUUGCUUUGUGGAAAUUUUGUAUAAAUUCUUCAUCCAAAUGUGAUGAUACAAUGCCUGUGCUUUGUUUUGGUGGGGAUACAGUUCCUAUUAGAACAGUUGCCUGGGCUCCAUUUGAAGGGGAUCCAGAGAGUUCUAAUAUAGUAGUAACCGCUGGACAUGAAGGUCUGAAGUUUUGGGACCUGCGUAAUCCAUUUCGUCCUUUGAGGAGCCUCCAUCCUGCACCGAGAAUCAUAUAUAGUUUGGAUUGGCUGUCAAAGCCAAGUUGCAUUAUUAUGUCCUUUGAAGAUGGAACAAUGAGAACCAUUAGCUUGGCGAAGGCUGCAAAUGACUUGCCUGUCACUGGAGAAGUAUACAGUGGAAAAAAACAACCUGGGUUGCACGGUUCUUCAUAUGCAUCUUUUGCCAUUUGGAGUGUUCAAGUGUCACGUAUAACAGGCAUGCUUGCUUAUUGUGGUGCAGACGGUACUGCCUUUCGUUUUCAGCUUACUGCCAAAUCAGUGGAGACAGAUCAUGCACGAAAUCGAUCCCGACGCUUCCUUUGUGGGUCAGUAACCGAGGAGAAUUCAAAUCUAGUUAUCAACACUCCUGUAUCAAAUGCUCCUUGUCUGUGGAAGAAGCUACCUGAGAAGGGUCGGUGUGCUGAAUCUUUUCGAGACCUGUUAUCCAAGACUAACCCAUACAAAAAUGCACUUAAUCCAGUGCCAGAAACAUCAAAUUUUGAUUCUCAGACUUCAGUCAUUGGUGCUGGUGAGAAUGUGGAUUUGAUGGAAUCCGGAUCUGAGGAAGCUCUAUAUUCUAUGAAGCAGCCCAAAAGGCCAAAACUGAACAGUGGCAGCAAGAAAAAACCAGAAGAAAGCCUAUCUGUGGAUUGUAAAGAUGAUGUGCCACCAAUCACUCCCGACGCUGAUAAUGAAAAGUCAGAUUUUGGGAACAUACCUGAAACCUUCCCUUCCAAAAUGGCAGCAUUGCACAAAGUGAGAUGGAACAUGAACAAAGGUAGUGAAAGAUGGUUGUGCUUUGGAGGAGCUUGUGGACUGGUACGUUGUCAGGAGAUUGUUUACUCUGAUAUUGAUAAGAAAUGGGCCUUAAAGAAAUGACAGCAUCUAAUCCACCUAAAUUGGGUGUCGUAAAUUGCCUCGAUGUGAAUAUAAUCUUAAGAUUUAGAUUAACCCAGAAAAAAUCAUAGUAAAAGUGACAACUCAAUGUGUAACAUCUAUUUAUAAGAAGGCAGGAAAAGGUCUAUGCUGUUGUAGCAGCUCCAUAAAGCACUAGAUAUAAUUUGAACUAUUUAAUAUUUAGAGUUAUUAUUUAA